AUCUCUGUCCGGGAACCCCCCCCCCCAAAUGACCUAACAUUUCUCAGUAGACACUGGAGGAACUGGUGUUGCUUGUGUAACAGGCUGCUCUGGUAAAAUAGUAAAUGAGUCAGUGUAGUGCGUUGAAGAGAAGGAAAAGCAAGCUUCAUUAUCGCUGCUAAAGUGGUUCCUCAUCAAUACAGAUGUCCUAUAACAAGGGUUUCCUGGUUUUUCUCUUGAUUCCAGUAACUGCUUUGCUACUGUAUCUCUCUUAUUCUCAUACGACAUUGGGGCAAAAUAAGAAAGAACCACAAAGGUACCCUCUUCCAAAACGACAAAGCACAGCAGCACCAAGUAAGGAUGCUGUAGAAGAAGAACCAGAAAUGGUCCAGGAAGAAAUAGUCCAGGAAGAACCAGGGUUGUACCAUGUGGCCUACCCCAGAAAAUAUAAAUUUAUCAUUGACCAACCAAAGAUAUGUGAAGAGCAGAAGCCCUUCGUGGUGAUUAUGGUCCCGGUGCCUCCUUGGGACGCUGAGGCACGCAGUGGCAUCAGGAGGACGUGGGGUGGAGAAAAGCUCAUUGGGGACAAAGUGGUGCUGGUGCUGUUUAUGUUGGGCUUACAUAAUGGAAAUGAUCAAGAAACGUUGCAGGAGCAACUCCGGAAUGAGAGCCAGCAGUACCAAGACCUCCUCCAGAGCAACUUCCUGGAUUCCUACAAGAACCUGACCAUUAAAACCAUGAUGAUGAUGGAGUGGCUCAGCAGGAGUUGUCAACAGGCAUCCUUUGCUGUGAAAGUGGACGCUGACGUGCUCCUUAACAUGAACAAUCUAAUAAAUAUGCUUGGGAGUCUGAACCCAGUACCAACCAACUAUAUGACGGGGCUAGUGUGGUAUGGAAACAUUGUCAUUCGAAAUCCGUUCAACAAGUUUUAUAUCCCCUAUGACGUGUACACCAGAGACACAUAUCCGCCGUAUCCUCUAGGCAUGUGUUACAUCAUUUCUUUGGACCUGCCACAGAAAUUUAUACAGGAAUCUAAGCACAUUAAAGCCAUAUUUAUAGAGGAUGCAUAUCUUGGCAUGUGUUUGGAGCGUUUGGGUAUCGUCCCAACUCAACCGCCACACAUAGAACAGUUUGUGGUGGCACCACAGCAGUACAAUCGCUGUUACUAUUCUGGACUGAUUGCAAUACUUACAGACAACACAAAUCAGAUGACGUCUUACUGGACAGAUAUUCAUUCAACCAGCAAUCCUUGCUGAGGUGGAAACGUCCAAACUAAUAGGACAUACUGCAAUAUUUUGUGUCUGACGAAGAAAAACUUUUUUUUAUUUUUUUUACAUUGGAUUACUGGUUCAGUUGAUGUAAGUUUACAUUUUGUUUGUGUGCCUGUGAGCAUUUUAUUAUGUUCAAGUGAAACCAUGUGCAACAUACAGUAUCCUCAAGAACAAAGACUGAAGUAUUACAUGUAAAAACAUGUAUGUAUUUUUUUAUUAUUUAAAGUUUAAGAACAAGGAUACACCCAAGGGGAAAACCAUGGAACUGUUAUUACACAUUUUUAUUUAAUAAUUAAAUAAUUUGCUCGUUGAUGUUCUCUUGUUUUAACCAAACAAAAUGGCGCACUUGUUGGAGAACUGGACAAUUACUGUUACUGUUAAAAGGUUUUCUUGCAUAAAGAAAUGACUGUAUUUUCAGCUGAAACCUUAUCUUGCACACACUAAGGCCCAGUGUUGGGAAAACCAAAUAACUUUUAAUAAAAUUUCAAAUAUUUUCA